GACCAUCAAAAGCUAAAAGGGAUACGAGCUAUUUCAUCUUCACACCGACAACAAUCUAUUGACAAAAACAUCUACAACCAUGCACAAGAACAUUAUUUGGUAUGGAGCAGUGCUUUUAAUCGUCUACUUCACCCUGGUAUUCUGUGAGGAGACCAAAAACGAUGAGCCCCCAGCGGAAUUGGAUAACCAAGCGGAGGAUACCUGGGAGAAUCUCGGUCGGGAGUUGAUGGAGUUCGAAGGACGUACUCGUCGCCAUCGCCACCACAUGUUCUGGUAUCGUCACCUGUGGCCCAUUGCGAUUGCUUACUGGAUCAAGGUGAAAGUGGUGAUCGUUUCCUUCUUCGUUGGCAGCGCCAUUUACUUGGGCCUCCGCUAUUUCUGGCCUCAUUCCAGGUGCAACCAGGAGAUCAUCCUGGAUCAUCCUCCUUCGUCUUUCUCCCAUCACGAUCACAUUCCCUACUCCUUGGACCACGAUCACUCAGAUCACUACGAAGGACCCACUUCCUAUGACUCCGGCGCCAGCUUUGAACCCUACUCCGGAUACAGCAGCUAUGCAGGAUCGGACAUUGUUUCCGAUGUGCACAGCAGCGAAUACCACAGCGAAUCCCCCUCGGGUCCUGGCCCAACUGGUCCCGUUGAUACCCGUCGUCGUGGUCGGCGCAGUACUGAAGAUCAGGUUCAUUUAAUCCAGGAUGAAGAGCAGCAGGAGGACGAGCAAGUGGAGAUCGUGGACGAAGAGAUCUCGGAGAGUGUGGCCCGUCAAAUGCCCGCUGAAGAGCAAAUUGCCGACUUUAUGUUUGCCUUUUUGGGUCUGGACUCCAAGGCCUGCCGUCGUCGCUUUGUCUGUGAAAUGGAGUUCCGUUCCAAAUUGAACCCCAUGACCAGCAUGGCCUUCCGCAUUGUAGGACGUGGCUUCUUCGAAAAGUACACCAAUGCCAGAAAUCCAGUGGCCAGGGCCACCAACUUUGGCGAGUGUGCUGACGUGAAUCCCGAGUGCAUUUUCGUGGAGAACGAGAACGCCGAGGAGAACCCAGAGGCGGAGGCACAUCAGGAGGAGCAGCAAACGGAAGAGGAGGUGCAGCAGCAACAGCAGGAAGAGGAGCAAGCGGUGACGGAGGAAUCCGCCGUUGAGGAUUCCCAGAACGAGAUCAACCUCCAAGCGGAAAGGCGACAUGCCAAGCACAAGAAUCGCAAACUGAGCUCUAUUGCCGAGCACAUUCUGAUGCACUAGAACAGCCGUGUU